AUAACAUCUAGCGAACACUUGCUCGCCUCAGUUGCGGGAAAUCCACCAGAGCGAUCGCACAGAACUUGUGUGGCAGAAGUAAUCUAUUCUCCUUCGUUUGACUUUUCGCGGAGAACUUUUUUCCAUUUUUGUGGGUCUCAAGACGCAUAUACAAUGACGUCUUUAUUACCAGGCUUUUUCGUGAUGUGGUCGAUAGCCGUUAACAACACAGAACUAUGUAAUGAAACCAAUGGGCGCGAUGGAAACGAGACGUGGAUCGCGCCGGGCGAGAGCGUGGUCUUCUCCUCCCCGAACUUCCCAUCGAGUUACGGAAGCGACGCCAAGGACUGGGUGUUCUGCGCAGACGACCCCAAUGGAAGGCUGGAGAUUGACUGCGGCGAGUUCGAAGUUGGCUGGAAGUUCUUGUUCUGUUUCAACGACAUUCUCUUGAUAUCAGCUGACAGCUCUCUUAAGUUCAUGUAUUGUGGAGAAGAUGGGCCUCAGUCUGUCAUUACAACCGGACGCGGAACAGCAGUCUGUCUCCUCCCUUCGGGCGUAAACGACUCCAAGGGCUUCAACUGCACCGCCACCGCCCUCCCGCCCAGCCUGGACGAGGAGACGACGACGCCAGCCAAUUAAUGCGAAGAAAUCUGCCAAGUAGCUGUCCGCGUUGAAGUGCGUGCGGACAACUACACAGGCAGCAACUAGCAGUCCUUGUUUAGGGUUUCUCUGGAGUCAGGAAAGAAGUAUCUAGUGGUAGAAAUGAUGUAGAAAAACAACUAUAUUAACCUAUAAUAGCGACUUAGAUUAUAUAAACAGAAAUAUAAAACGCACUCAAAUGAAUCCAAUAAAUGAGGCUGAACACGGCCUAUAAAGACAAAAUGUUCCUUUAUUCAUAGAGUUCACUAUUUCUGUUAUUUAAUGUGUUUAGCAAUGUUUCCUUAAAAGUCAAAAAUAAAACAGCCUAUGAUCAUAAAAUAACUUUAUUUUAAACAUCUAGCCCUUUUAUUUGAUGUGACUGGCACCGAUUCCUUGAGCAUCAAAUACAUAUCCAACAUAAUUA